AUGUCUCGCCAAAACAGAAUCAAUAGAAACGUAGCGGGAUUGAUACCAUCCAUUGAGCAAAGCCUUUGUAUAUCUCGGAGGUAGCACAUAACAUCAAUCCUCAGUACAGAAGCAUUCGCUAAUAUAGCUCCAAGAAGUGCCAUGAUUUCCUCAGAGCACCUUUCGUUGUCUACCUGGGCUGAUGAUGACCUGACAACAUACGAAGCCAACAAAAGGAAGCCCAGGUUCGGCAAAAACGGCGGCACCCAAAUGCAGUUUGGGAGAACCCCGUUGGAAAGAAAGAGUAUGCGGAGAAGCACGCAUCGAAGUCAACGUCACAUUCGAUACUUGAGUCGACAUGCUGUGGUAGCUAGAAGCGUUUUGAGGCGAAGAAUGAUGUGA